AGCCUGUCCGUCUCCUCCUCCCUUAUCCUCUUCUACCUCCACCUGGCAGGCACUCCCCACCUUGAUGAUGGCUCCUCCGCCUCCCCUCCUCUCCCCCACCGCCGCCUCCCGGCACACCCCGCUACUAACGGCGCCCUCCGCUUUGCUUCCUCCAGCCUCCAUCCGCUUCUGUGCUCCUCGCCACCGCCCAUGCCGACGCCCUCGCCUCCCCCUAUCCGCCGCAGACGGCGACGCCUCCACCUCCUCCACCGUGUCCGCUGCCAACCAACGGGGCUCUUCCGCUUCCUCCGUCCUCACCUUCCAGCAGGCCAUCCAGCGCCUCCAGGAGUACUGGGCCUCCGUAGGAUGCGCCGUCAUGCAGUGUAGCAACACCGAGGUUGGAGCGGGCACAAUGAAUCCUCUCACAUUUCUUAGGGUCUUAGGUCCUGAGCCAUGGAAUGUCGCUUACGUGGAGCCAAGUAUAAGACCAGACGACAGUCGCUAUGGGGACAAUCCCAAUAGGCUUCAGCGCCAUACUCAGUUUCAGGUAAUUCUGAAGCCUGAUCCUGGAAAUUCGCAAGAUCUCUUUCUGCACAGCCUUUCAGCAAUAGGUAUUAACAUCCAUGAACAUGACAUCCGCUUCGUUGAAGACAACUGGGAGAGUCCGGUUCUUGGUGCUUGGGGACUGGGCUGGGAGGUUUGGAUGGAUGGCAUGGAAAUCACACAGUUCACAUAUUUUCAGCAGUCAGGAAGCCUUCCAUUGCAGCCGGUUUCUGUUGAAAUAACAUAUGGACUUGAACGUAUCCUCAUGUCACUCCAGGAAGUUGAUCACUUCAAGAAUAUACUAUACACCGAAGGAAUCACAUAUGGAGAGCUGUUCCUUGAGAACGAGAAGGAGAUGAGUGCAUAUUAUUUAGAACAUGCGGAUGUCAGUCACAUUCAAAAGCACUUUGACAAUUUUGAAGAAGAGGCUCGAUCUUUAUUAUCACUGGGGCUGCCAAUUCCAGCGUAUGAUCAGGUUCUGAAGGCCUCUCAUGCUUUCAAUAUAUUAGAUUCUAGAGGUUUUGUUGGUGUAACUGAGCGUGCAAGAUAUUUUGGUCGCAUGCGAAGCCUUGCUCGUCAAUGUGCUCAGCUUUGGGUGGAAACUCGAGAAAACCUUGGACAUCCUUUGGGUGCUUAUGAAGAGGAUAACCUUAUCUAUCCUCAUGUCUCCAAAAAAACUCAUAGAGAGGAAGUGCUGGUACAACCACGUGCAUUUGUUCUUGAAAUAGGAACAGAAGAGUUGCCACCCCGUGACGUCGUAGAAGCAACUGAACAGCUUGAGAAAUCUCUAGUUAAUACAUUGGAGAAACGUAGAUUGACCCAUGGGAAAGUGCACACUUACGGGACACCAAGGAGAUUGGCGAUUGUUGUUGAAAAUCUUAGUAUGAAGCAAACAGAGGUAGAGGUGGAACUACGUGGCCCACCAGUUGCGAAGGCAUUUGACGAAGAAGGAAACCCCACUAAGGCCGCUGAGGGAUUUUGUCGAAAGAAUAAUGUCUCUGUCGAUCACCUAUAUAGAAGAAUAGAUGGUAAAACAGAAUAUAUCUACGCUAGAGUCAGAGAGUCUGCUCGUUUUGCUGAUGAGGUCCUAACUGAAGAUUUACCUACUAUUGUUUCUGGUAUUUCAUUUCCCAAGUCGAUGCGCUGGAACUCCAAUAUUGUUUUUAGUCGUCCAAUACGCUGGAUCCUGGCACUUCAUGGCGAUUUUGUUGUGCCAUUUUAUUUUGCUGGCAUCUCAAGUGGGAAUCAGUCAUGUGGCCUUCGUAACUCUUCUUUGGCUAAUUUUAAGGUGGAAACUGCAGAAUCAUAUUUAGGUACUGUGGAAAAAGCUGGGAUCUUGAUUAAUAUGCAGGAGCGGAAGGAAAAAGUCUUACAUGCCUCUACUGUAUUGGCUCAAGGUGUUGGUGGCGAUUUCAUUGCGCCUGAUAGCUUGCUGCAGGAGGUUGUCAAUCUUGUGGAGGCACCUGUGCCCAUCCUUGGUCGAUAUGAUGAUUCCUUCUUAGAACUUCCUAAAGAUGUACUGAUUACGGUUAUGCAGAAACAUCAGAAGUAUUUUGCUGUAAUCUCCAAGUCCACUGGCGAUCUGCUACCUUAUUUUAUUGCUGUUGCCAAUGGUGCAAUUAGCAAGGAAGUUGUUCGCAAAGGGAAUGAAGCUGUUCUCAGGGCAAGGUAUGAGGAUGCCAAAUUCUUUUAUAAGAUGGAUACACAAAAGAAAUUUUCUGAAUUCCGAGGCCAGCUUAGUGGCAUUCUUUUUCAUGAAAAACUUGGGACAAUGCUCGAUAAAAUGACACGUGUCGAGAAUACCGUUGCUGAAUUGGCCCUUAUUCUUGGAAUAAAUGAGAGAACGGUCCCAAUUAUCAAAGAUGCGGCUGCAUUGGCUAUGUCAGAUCUUGCCACUUCUAUUGUCACAGAAUUUACUUCACUUGCUGGAAUUAUGGCACGCCAUUAUGCUUUGAGAGACAGCAUCCCUGAAGAGAUUGCAGAAGCACUAUUUGAGAUAACACUCCCUCGGUCUUCGGGUGAUGUGUUUCCAAGAACAGAUGCUGGUAUAGUUCUUGCGGUUGCUGAUAGAUUGGAUAGCCUAGUUGGAUUGUUUGGAGCUGGAUGCCAGCCAAGUUCUACCAAUGAUCCAUUUGGACUUCGAAGGGUCUCUUAUGGAUUGGUCCAAAUAUUAGUUGAGAACAAAAAGAGCUUUGACCUCAGACGAGCUCUCACCUUAUUGGCAGGGGUGCAACCCAUAGCAAUAGAGAGUGAUGUUAUAGAUGAGGCAGUACAGUUCGUCACAAGGAGACUGGAACAGCUUCUGGUGGAUGAGGGAAUUAACUGCGAGAUAGUCCGAUCAGUGCUUAUGGAGCGUGCAAACUGCCCUUAUCUAGCAGCACAAACAGCGACCGAAAUGGAAGCAUUUUCGAGAACAGAAACAUUUCAAAAAAUCGUUGAAGCGUAUUCAAGGCCAACAAGGAUCAUCCGUGGAAAAGAAAUUGAGUCUGCUUUGGAGGUUGACCCACACGUAUUUGAGAAAGAUGAAGAGAAAGUUUUGUGGAGCGCCUACUUGGAGGUUGCUGAUAAGAUCCAUCCUGGUGUUGAUAUUAAGACCUUUGUGGAUGCUUCUCUUAUCCUGAUACAACCCCUAGAAGAUUUCUUCAAUAGUGUCUUCGUGAUGGCGGAAGACGAGAGAGUUCGCAACAACCGGCUAACGUUGCUGAGGAAGAUUGAGAGUUUGCCCAAGGGGAUUGCGGACCUGUCAGUUUUACCUGGGUUUUAAGCUGCCUAUUCCAGCCAGGGGGUGUGAGCAAUAGCCGUAGCGGAGAGAUGAUUUUGAUUUUACAAGUAUUUCUGAUUAAAGGAAAAAAAAACGUCGUCGCAGUAGGGCACGGCAAUCCCAGUAAACGCUGUACUUGUAAUUCUGAUUAAUACAGUCAACAAACGGAAUCAUAUCUCAAAUCUUGUGUCGACAAACAAUACAGACCUAAAAAAAGAGAAAAAGGUUACAGCAUCCACCUGUAAGUUAUCAGGGUUAUUGCAAAAUCAGUCUACAAAGCUCGUCAAAUGUGCCCUCACAUACCUACCUAGCUAGAUAUUAAUUGUACAUGACAAUUAGUGAGUUGUCUCUCCCUUAGGUUCAGAUAGAUACUUAUCUGCGUAGUGUAGAAGCCGCCGCAUCCUUAGGACCAUGUCACAGUGAAAGGGCAGUGCUGUGCGCCUUUCUGUGUACACCGGGCUUACUGUCAACCAAGACAGAGAGUGAAGCUCCGCGGCCACAGCUUCCAGCACACUAUGCAUCUCCAUCUCACACUCACGACCUGUUGUCUCCUGACUCAAGUUCCUUGCCUGUUUGCUGCCGCCGCCGCCGCCUCGGCUCAUCUUCUCUUGAACAGUCCCACUGCUGCCUCCAUAGUGAUCGAUGAUGCUGACUGAGAGAACAGAGGGCUGUUCAUCCUUGGUGAGUUGUGCAGAGUCCCUCCUAACAGGUGGGACGGCUUUCGAGACGACAUAGCCCAUCGCUAAAGGAAUCGCAGUCCCUUUGCUGUGCAGUAGAUGGGCAAGCGGCGGUGACUCCGAUGUGAGGCAUGUCGGGAGCUGUAAUGUUGCAGGAGAGAGGUAUCUCAUACUUGGCGAAGGAACUAGAAGGUACGAGUGUGACGCUGACAUUGACCCAAUGGACUUCACUGGAGUGAAACCUUCCAGGUGCUUACCAGCUGAAGCAGGUCUGCUCAGUAGAUCUGCUUGGCAUGUGAGAUGCAACGAAUGAUCUUGGGAAACUGCAACCAAACUGAUGCUACGAACUAAGUGCAGUGAUCCCCUUGAAGUGUCCAUUCCACUUUGUUCCACAAGGAUCUGUUUUUUGUUGCCAGAUUGUCCAAGUGCACCUUUCAUGAAGCUUGAUUUUGGAUGAGGGCUAUACAGAGGGUUUGGUGAGGAAGGCAUGUUUCUAUCUUGAAUUAAGGCCAUGUCUUGCUGCUGCUGCUGCUGGAGCGUAGGACCAUUUGAACUAGGUGGAAUACCCUCAGGUAUGGAUCGCCGUAACUGCACAGGCCACUUCUUCACUUCAUUGCCACCAUAAGAGUAUAUUGCCUUCUGCCAUUCUGCGGACAAAACAUAUUAGAUCAUCGCGUUAGUCUCGAAACAGAAGGUAUCUCAGUUCCUGAUAAAAACAAGUGAGUACCUUGGAUUUCAAGCUCAAGGAAACCUCCGAUACGAGUUAUUAUGACAUCUCGUGGUCUCAUAUUGCUAGCCUCAGGUGAAGACGACAUUAUUUGACAGCCUUGCUGUAGAAUUUGGAUGAAAAGGCUUUGGAGAACUUUAGUGUCUUGGCGGCUACUAAUACCACCAAAAGGAAAUAUUAAGCUGUCCAAUAAUUCUCCUCUAGCAUCUGUCCAAAUGCACACUAGCCAUCGCCAGUCCUCAGUCCAACCAUAACAGCAAUGAAGACUUGCUGCACUGUCACUCUCAGAUACGUCGAGUAGAGGGCUCACUCCACUAUCAGAGUUACUUCCUGAAAUUGAGCCAUAUACCCUGCUGCCAGAUGCAUCUGCUCCAGAUUUUGAUGGUUCCAUUAAAGCAUUAAGAUCGGCAGACCCAGGGUCUGCUAGUAUGAAAAGUGGCUCAAAGGCAUAUUUCCUAUCAUCCUGAGCACAUAAAUCAGGCAGCUUACUUGGGUCCAGAAGUCCUCCCGAACGAGCAGGCUGCCAUGAGUUAUCCCAUGUUGCCGACCUCAUGGAUGCAUCAAAAUCGGUUUCUCGAGAGAGAGUUGGCCCAGACAUUCGAGGAACUAAACAUUCCUUCCAAAGAGUAGGAGCAGGAGAUGUAACAUGCAUCAUUGUGGACUGAGAUCUACCCAAAUAAGUUGGUGACUGGAACAUAUCGCUUGUGGAGACAGCCCGUGGGAUUCGUCGUGCCUUGUUGUACACUGUGAAUGCUAUGUCCUUCAAAACAGCAAGCUCCUUGUUUGGCUUAUCCAUUCUCAGUACAGUUUCAAUAGUAACAAUCUGCAAGACGAGCUUGGGUAUACUGAACCCGGAUAGCAUAACGACAUUUGAUGCUGAUGCUUCAUCUACAGAAGCACUGCUGUUUAGGGCUUUGGCAACCUGUGAAUAUAGUAACUUUCUUUCCCUUUCCGGGGAUGAAAUAACAUACCCAAGAGCAACAGAACAUUCUACUAGCGUCUGUAGAAUUGCACAAGGUUCUGGAAAUGGGCAAACUACAUAAAUUACCUGCAUGGAUAAAGGGCUAGUGGUGUUAAAAUAGGGUGAAUAAUUUACCAUGUUGUGAAUAUCAUUUAUAUCCACUACUGUGAAUAUUAAAUGUUAAGUUACAUGAAUCAGAUCAACGGCAAAGGAACAAAAA